AUGAGUUCGCACUCUCCAGGGAAUUCCGCUCACAUAGGUUCUGUCCUAGUUGGAUGCACCGAAAAGUCACUCCCAUCAUUUGCAGGUGCUCGUAUGUUUAGCGACAGAGUGGCACAUGUUGGGAAUGUGACAUCCCACAGUGCUAUUCUCGAAAUGAACUCCACCGAACCGGACCGUAACGAAUGUCUGUUCCGCCACGUGCAGGUGCACGACGUACUCUUGGUCAUGUAG